AUGUGGGUAGUUAAAGCAUUGCUGAGAUUUCAGGCGAUUUUGUGUAUUAGAGCUGCAUACAGUGAUUGUGAUGAUGAUUAUCUCGACCCUGAAGUUAGAACUAGACUGAGAAAGGUGUUACUCAAAAAAGAAUCUCAGUACGAUUGCGAACUAGAGGAAAGAGCUGCCGAUUUCAUCUCUACGUACACUCUGCAUUGCGACCCUGAAAAACCACUGAACGUGACGAAACUAGUAGGAUCUUUGAAUUACUACGAAAAAUCAUUUUUACAUAAAGCGACAUACUUCAAGUCCCAGAAUGAACUGUAUGACCAUAUGAAGAAUGUUAAAGAAGAUGUCGGCUGUGCUAAUCUUCCGCAGAAACCUUACGGAUACAUAUGCCUCAUAGAGGAGAGCUUAUUUGUCGAAGAUCUUAUUGGUCCAUGGUGA